AUGCCAUCCUACCGGGCACGGCAGCUUCGGCGAGAGGAAAAGCCCGAGUGUUGUCAUUGUGAGGACUACCCUGAGGGCACAGUGGUGCGACGCCGUGUCCUCAGGGAAGUGAUUGGGGCCAACCUUUCACGUCCAGCCUUAAUCGAGGACGUGGUGCGUAGCAAGAGGAACUUUGUGCCCUUGAAGUUCGAACGUGCUCACUACGAAGGAACAAUUGAGAACAACGUCCUUCAUCUCCCGCCGUUGUUGCUCAGUCAGGGUUACGAAGAUUCCAUUGUGUCGGCUGAUUUCGUACUGAACGAAUAUUCAGAGCCGUAUAUUCAGGCCUUUAGAGCCGAUGUUCAAGAGGGCGUAGUCACCGUGUCAAUGUCAGCAUUAGAUCAGACUGUCAUAGACCAGAACAACUUCAUCUACCUUCAGAUAGAAGCCACUGCUACAAGCGGCACCGCGACUUCUGUCAUCACCCUGGAGAUCAUAAAAGAUGAUAAUGUUACUCCAGUAUUCGAGAAGCCAAUAUAUACUGGAUCAUAUGAACCUGGCAAGGAAUUGAUAAUUGAGCAAAUUUCAUUUAGUCAGGGCUACGAUGGAGUGGACUCAUUGCUCUUCGAUGGAGAACACAAGACGUACUUCGCGGCGUCGCGGAAUGGACCUCACGUGACAAUAGAAGUAUCAAAUAUACCGCCUGAGCUAUUCAACUUGGGGCGCAUAGAAUUGUCUCUGCAAGCUACAAAACCAAGGACUGUGGGUGCUACUACUACAGUGAUCGUCACCCUACCUGCAGUUGUGCCCUUGAAGUUCGAACGUGCUCACUACGAAGGAACAAUUGAGAACAACGUCCUUCAUCUCCCGCCGUUGUUGCUCAGUCAGGGUUACGAAGAUUCCAUUGUGUCGGCUGAUUUCGUACUGAACGAAUAUUCAGAGCCGUAUAUUCAGGCCUUUAGAGCCGAUGUUCAAGAGGGCGUAGUCACCGUGUCAAUGUCAGCAUUAGAUCAGACUGUCAUAGACCAGAACAACUUCAUCUACCUUCAGAUAGAAGCCACUGCUACAAGCGGCACCGCGACUUCUGUCAUCACCCUGGAGAUCAUAAAAGAUGAUAAUGUUACUCCAGUAUUCGAGAAGCCAAUAUAUACUGGAUCAUAUGAACCUGGCAAGGAAUUGAUAAUUGAGCAAAUUUCAUUUAGUCAGGGCUACGAUGGAGUGGACUCAUUGCUCUUCGAUGGAGAACACAAGACGUACUUCGCGGCGUCGCGGAAUGGACCUCACGUGACAAUAGAAGUAUCAAAUAUACCGCCUGAGCUAUUCAACUUGGGGCGCAUAGAAUUGUCUCUGCAAGCUACAAAACCAAGGACUGUGGGUGCUACUACUACAGUGAUCGUCACCCUACCUGCAGUUGUGCCCUUGAAGUUCGAACGUGCUCACUACGAAGGAACAAUUGAGAACAACGUCCUUCAUCUCCCGCCGUUGUUGCUCAGUCAGGGUUACGAAGAUUCCAUUGUGUCGGCUGAUUUCGUACUGAACGAAUAUUCAGAGCCGUAUAUUCAGGCCUUUAGAGCCGAUGUUCAAGAGGGCGUAGUCACCGUGUCAAUGUCAGCAUUAGAUCAGACUGUCAUAGACCAGAACAACUUCAUCUACCUUCAGAUAGAAGCCACUGCUACAAGCGGCACCGCGACUUCUGUCAUCACCCUGGAGAUCAUAAAAGAUGAUAAUGUUACUCCAGUAUUCGAGAAGCCAAUAUAUACUGGAUCAUAUGAACCUGGCAAGGAAUUGAUAAUUGAGCAAAUUUCAUUUAGUCAGGGCUACGAUGGAGUGGACUCAUUGCUCUUCGAUGGAGAACACAAGACGUACUUCGCGGCGUCGCGGAAUGGACCUCACGUGACAAUAGAAGUAUCAAAUAUACCGCCUGAGCUAUUCAACUUGGGGCGCAUAGAAUUGUCUCUGCAAGCUACAAAACCAAGGACUGUGGGUGCUACUACUACAGUGAUCGUCACCCUACCUGCAGUUGUGCCCUUGAAGUUCGAACGUGCUCACUACGAAGGAACAAUUGAGAACAACGUCCUUCAUCUCCCGCCGUUGUUGCUCAGUCAGGGUUACGAAGAUUCCAUUGUGUCGGCUGAUUUCGUACUGAACGAAUAUUCAGAGCCGUAUAUUCAGGCCUUUAGAGCCGAUGUUCAAGAGAGCGUAGUCACCGUGUCAAUGUCAGCAUUAGAUCAGACUGUCAUAGACCAGAACAACUUCAUCUACCUUCAGAUAGAAGCCACUGCUACAAGCGGCACCGCGACUUCUGUCAUCACCCUGGAGAUCAUAAAAGAUGAUAAUGUUACUCCAGUAUUCGAGAAGCCAAUAUAUACUGGAUCAUAUGAACCUGGCAAGGAAUUGAUAAUUGAGCAAAUUUCAUUUAGUCAGGGCUACGAUGGAGUGGACUCAUUGCUCAUCGAUGGAGAACACAAGACGUUCUUCGCGGCGACGCGGAAUGGACCUCACGUGACUAUAGGAGUAUCAAAUAUACCGCCUGAGCUAUUCAGUUUGGGGCGCAUAGAAUUGUCUCUGCAAGCUACAAAACCAAGGACCGUGGGUGCUACUACUACAGUGAUCGUCACCCUACCUGCAGUUGUGCCCUUGAAGUUCGAACGUGCUCACUACGAAGGAACAAUUGAGAACAACGUCCUUCAUCUCCCGCCGUUGUUGCUCAGUCAGGGUUACGAAGAUUCCAUUGUGUCGGCUGAUUUCGUACUGAACGAAUAUUCAGAGCCGUAUAUUCAGGCCUUUACAGCCGAUGUUCAAGAGGGCGUAGUCACCGUGUCAAUGUCAGCAUUAGAUCAGACUGUCAUAGACCAGAACAACUUCAUCUACCUUCAGAUAGAAGCCACUGCUACAAGCGGCACCGCGACUUCUGUCAUCACCCUGGAGAUCAUAAAAGAUGACAAUGUUACUCCAGUAUUUGAAAAGCCAAUAUAUACUGGAUCAUAUGAACCUGGCAAGGAAUUGAUAAUUGAGCAAAUUUCAUUUAGUCAGGGCUACGAUGGAGUGGACUCAUUGCUCAUCGAUGGAGAACACAAGACGUUCUUCGCGGCGACGCGGAAUGGACCUCACGUGACUAUAGGAGUAUCAAAUAUACCGCCUGAGCUAUUCAGUUUGGGGCGCAUAGAAUUGUCUCUGCAAGCUACAAAACCAAGGACCGUGGGUGCUACUACUACAGUGAUCGUCACCCUACCUGCAGUUGUGCCCUUGAAGUUCGAACGUGCUCACUACGAAGGAACAAUUGAGAACAACGUCCUUCAUCUCCCGCCGUUGUUGCUCAGUCAGGGUUACGAAGAUUCCAUUGUGUCGGCUGAUUUCGUACUGAACGAAUAUUCAGAGCCGUAUAUUCAGGCCUUUAGAGCCGAUGUUCAAGAGGGCGUAGUCACCGUGUCAAUGUCAGCAUUAGAUCAGACUGUCAUAGACCAGAACAACUUCAUCUAUCUUCAGAUAGAAGCCACUGCUACAAGCGGCACCGCGACUUCUGUCAUCACCCUGGAGAUCAUAAAAGAUGAUAAUGUUACUCCAGUAUUCGAGAAGCCAAUAUAUACUGGAUCAUAUGAACCUGGCAAGGAAUUGAUAAUUGAGCAAAUUUCAUUUAGUCAGGGCUACGAUGGAGUGGACUCAUUGCUUUUCGAUGGAGAACACAAGACGUACUUCGCGGCGUCGCGGAAUGGACCUCACGUGACAAUAGAAGUAUCAAAUAUACCGCCUGAGCUAUUCAACUUGGGGCGCAUAGAAUUGUCUCUGCAAGCUACAAAACCAAGGACUGUGGGUGCUACUACUACAGUGAUCGUCACCCUACCUGCAGUUGUGCCCUUGAAGUUCGAACGUGCUCACUACGAAGGAACAAUUGAGAACAACGUCCUUCAUCUCCCGCCGUUGUUGCUCAGUCAGGGUUACGAAGAUUCCAUUGUGUCGGCUGAUUUCGUACUGAACGAAUAUUCAGAGCCGUAUAUUCAGGCCUUUAGAGCCGAUGUUCAAGAGGGCGUAGUCACCGUGUCAAUGUCAGCAUUAGAUCAGACUGUCAUAGACCAGAACAACUUCAUCUACCUUCAGAUAGAAGCCACUGCUACAAGCGGCACCGCGACUUCUGUCAUCACCCUGGAGAUCAUAAAAGAUGAUAAUGUUACUCCAGUAUUUGAAAAGCCAAUAUAUACUGGAUCAUAUGAACCUGGCAAGGAAUUGAUAAUUGAGCAAAUUUCAUUUAGUCAGGGCUACGAUGGAGUGGACUCAUUGCUCAUCGAUGGAGAACACAAGACGUUCUUCGCGGCGUCGCGGAAUGGUCCUCACGUGACAAUCGAAGUAUCAAAUAUACCGCCUGAGCUAUUCAGUUUGGGGCGCAUAGAAUUGUCUCUGCAAGCUACAAAACCAAGGACCGUGGGUGCUACUACUGCAGUGAUCAUCACCCUGCCUGCAGGUUCGCAGAUCGGAGACGAUGUAUAUUUCGAGAGAGUCCUAUACGAAGGCACUGUUCAGGAUAAUGACGUCCAACACGAAGAAAUCAGAAUAUUUGGCUUCGAUGGAACAUCUGUCGAGUUACAUGGAGAAAACUCGAACUUGUUCAAGGCGGAAGCGACGAACGGGCUGGUAUCGGUGAGACCGGAUGGAUUACUGAACCUCCCCCCUGGCAUCACCCGCGUAGCCCUUGAGCUCCACGUAGGAAGUGCAAGAGCUGUAUUACUUCUCAAUGUCAAGGAAUCAGGUUCGCAGAUCGGAGACGAUGUAUAUUUCGAGAGAGUCCUAUACGAAGGCACUGUUCAGGAUAAUGACGUCCAACACGAAGAAAUCAGAAUAUUUGGCUUCGAUGGAACAUCUGUUGAGUUACAUGGAGAAAACUCGAACUUGUUCAAGGCGGAAGCGACGAACGGGCUGGUAUCGGUGAGACCGGAUGGAUUACUGAACCUCCCCCCUGGCAUCACCCGCGUAGCCCUUGAGCUCCACGUAGGAAGUGCAAGAGCUGUAUUACUUCUCAAUGUCAAGGAAUCAGGUUCGCAGAUCGGAGACGAUGUAUAUUUCGAGAGAGUCCUAUACGAAGGCACUGUUCAGGAUAAUGACGUCCAACACGAAGAAAUCAGAAUAUUUGGCUUCGAUGGAACAUCUGUCGAGUUACAUGGAGAAAACUCGAACUUGUUCAAGGCGGAAGCGACGAACGGGCUGGUUUCGGUGAGACCGGAUGGAUCACUGAACCUCCCCCCUGGCAUCACCCGCGUAGCCCUUGAGCUCCACGUAGGAAGUGCAAGAGCUGUAUUACUGCUCAAUGUCAGGGAAUCAGGUUCGCAGAUCGGAGACGAUGUAUAUUUCGAGAGAGUCCUAUACGAAGGCACUGUUCAGGAUAAUGACGUCCAACACGAAGAAAUCAGAAUAUUUGGCUUCGAUGGAACAUCUGUCGAGUUACAUGGAGAAAACUCGAACUUGUUCAAGGCGGAAGCGACGAACGGGCUGGUUUCGGUGAGACCGGAUGGAUCACUGAACCUCCCCCCUGGCAUCACCCGCGUAGCCCUUGAGCUCCACGUAGGAAGUGCAAGAGCUGUAUUACUGCUCAAUGUCAGGGAAUCAGGUUCGCAGAUCGGAGACGAUGUAUAUUUCGAGAGAGUCCUAUACGAAGGCACUGUUCAGGAUAAUGACGUCCAACACGAAGAAAUCAGAAUAUUUGGCUUCGAUGGAACAUCUGUUGAGUUACAUGGAGAAAACUCGAACUUGUUCAAGGCGGAAGCGACGAACGGGCUGGUAUCGGUGAGACCGGAUGGAUUACUGAACCUCCCCCCUGGCAUCACCCGCGUAGCCCUUGAGCUCCACGUAGGAAGUGCAAGAGCUGUAUUACUUCUCAAUGUCAAGGAAUCAGGUUCGCAGAUCGGAGACGAUGUAUAUUUCGAGAGAGUCCUAUACGAAGGCACUGUUCAGGAUAAUGACGUCCAACACGAAGAAAUCAGAAUAUUUGGCUUCGAUGGAACAUCUGUUGAGUUACAUGGAGAAAACUCGAACUUGUUCAAGGCGGAAGCGACGAACGGGCUGGUAUCGGUGAGACCGGAUGGAUUACUGAACCUCCCCCCUGGCAUCACCCGCGUAGCCCUUGAGCUCCACGUAGGAAGUGCAAGAGCUGUAUUACUUCUCAAUGUCAAGGAAUCAGGUUCGCAGAUCGGAGACGAUGUAUAUUUCGAGAGAGUCCUAUACGAAGGCACUGUUCAGGAUAAUGACGUCCAACACGAAGAAAUCAGAAUAUUUGGCUUCGAUGGAACAUCUGUUGAGUUACAUGGAGAAAACUCGAACUUGUUCAAGGCGGAAGCGACGAACGGGCUGGUAUCGGUGAGACCGGAUGGAUCACUGAACCUCCCCCCUGGCAUCACCCGCGUAGCCCUUGAGCUCCACGUAGGAAGUGCAAGAGCUGUAUUACUGCUCAAUGUCAGGGAAUCAGGUUCGCAGAUCGGAGACGAUGUAUAUUUCGAGAGAGUCCUAUACGAAGGCACUGUUCAGGAUAAUGACGUCCAACACGAAGAAAUCAGAAUAUUUGGCUUCGAUGGAACAUCUGUUGAGUUACAUGGAGAAAACUCGAACUUGUUCAAGGCGGAAGCGACGAACGGGCUGGUAUCGGUGAGACCGGAUGGAUUACUGAACCUCCCCCCUGGCAUCACCCGCGUAGCCCUUGAGCUCCACGUAGGAAGUGCAAGAGCUGUAUUACUUCUCAAUGUCAAGGAAUCAGGUUCGCAGAUCGGAGACGAUGUAUAUUUCGAGAGAGUCCUAUACGAAGGCACUGUUCAGGAUAAUGACGUCCAACACGAAGAAAUCAGAAUAUUUGGCUUCGAUGGAACAUCUGUUGAGUUACAUGGAGAAAACUCGAACUUGUUCAAGGCGGAAGCGACGAACGGGCUGGUAUCGGUGAGACCGGAUGGAUCACUGAACCUCCCCCCUGGCAUCACCCGCGUAGCCCUUGAGCUCCACGUAGGAAGUGCAAGAGCUGUAUUACUGCUCAAUGUCAGGGAAUCAGGUUCGCAGAUCGGAGACGAUGUAUAUUUCGAGAGAGUCCUAUACGAAGGCACUGUUCAGGAUAAUGACGUCCAACACGAAGAAAUCAGAAUAUUUGGCUUCGAUGGAACAUCUGUCGAGUUACAUGGAGAAAACUCGAACUUGUUCAAGGCGGAAGCGACGAACGGGCUGGUUUCGGUGAGACCGGAUGGAUCACUGAACCUCCCCCCUGGCAUCACCCGCGUAGCCCUUGAGCUCCACGUAGGAAGUGCAAGAGCUGUAUUACUGCUCAAUGUCAGGGAAUCAGGUUCGCAGAUCGGAGACGAUGUAUAUUUCGAGAGAGUCCUAUACGAAGGCACUGUUCAGGAUAAUGACGUCCAACACGAAGAAAUCAGAAUAUUUGGCUUCGAUGGAACAUCUGUCGAGUUACAUGGAGAAAACUCGAACUUGUUCAAGGCGGAAGCGACGAACGGGCUGGUUUCGGUGAGACCGGAUGGAUCACUGAACCUCCCCCCUGGCAUCACCCGCGUAGCCCUUGAGCUCCACGUAGGAAGUGCAAGAGCUGUAUUACUGCUCAAUGUCAGGGAAUCAGGUUCGCAGAUCGGAGACGAUGUAUAUUUCGAGAGAGUCCUAUACGAAGGCACUGUUCAGGAUAAUGACGUCCAACACGAAGAAAUCAGAAUAUUUGGCUUCGAUGGAACAUCUGUCGAGUUACAUGGCGAAAACUCGAACUUGUUCAAGGCGGAAGCGACGAACGGGCUGGUAUCGGUGAGACCGGAUGGAUCACUGAACCUCCCCCCUGGCAUCACCCGCGUAGCCCUUGAGCUCCACGUAGGAAGUGCAAGAGCUGUAUUACUGCUCAAUGUCAGGGAAUCAGGUUCGCAGAUCGGAGACGAUGUAUAUUUCGAGAGAGUCCUAUACGAAGGCACUGUUCAGGAUAAUGACGUCCAACACGAAGAAAUCAGAAUAUUUGGCUUCGAUGGAACAUCUGUCGAGUUACAUGGAGAAAACUCGAACUUGUUCAAGGCGGAAGCGACGAACGGGCUGGUUUCGGUGAGACCGGAUGGAUCACUGAACCUCCCCCCUGGCAUCACCCGCGUAGCCCUUGAGCUCCACGUAGGAAGUGCAAGAGCUGUAUUACUGCUCAAUGUCAGGGAAUCAGGUUCGCAGAUCGGAGACGAUGUAUAUUUCGAGAGAGUCCUAUACGAAGGCACUGUUCAGGAUAAUGACGUCCAACACGAAGAAAUCAGAAUAUUUGGCUUCGAUGGAACAUCUGUCGAGUUACAUGGAGAAAACUCGAACUUGUUCAAGGCGGAAGCGACGAACGGGCUGGUUUCGGUGAGACCGGAUGGAUCACUGAACCUCCCCCCUGGCAUCACCCGCGUAGCCCUUGAGCUCCACGUAGGAAGUGCAAGAGCUGUAUUACUGCUCAAUGUCAGGGAAUCAGGUUCGCAGAUCGGAGACGAUGUAUAUUUCGAGAGAGCCCUAUACGAAGGCACUGUUCAGGAUAAUGACGUCCAACACGAAGAAAUCAGAAUAUUUGGCUUCGAUGGAACAUCUGUCGAGUUACAUGGAGAAAACUCGAACUUGUUCAAGGCGGAAGCGACGAACGGGCUGGUUUCGGUGAGACCGGAUGGAUCACUGAACCUCCCCCCUGGCAUCACCCGCGUAGCCCUUGAGCUCCACGUAGGAAGUGCAAGAGCUGUAUUACUGCUCAAUGUCAGGGAAUCAGGUUCGCAGAUCGGAGACGAUGUAUAUUUCGAGAGAGUCCUAUACGAAGGCACUGUUCAGGAUAAUGACGUCCAACACGAAGAAAUCAGAAUAUUUGGCUUCGAUGGAACAUCUGUCGAGUUACAUGGAGAAAACUCGAACUUGUUCAAGGCGGAAGCGACGAACGGGCUGGUUUCGGUGAGACCGGAUGGAUCACUGAACCUCCCCCCUGGCAUCACCCGCGUAGCCCUUGAGCUCCACGUAGGAAGUGCAAGAGCUGUAUUACUGCUCAAUGUCAGGGAAUCAGGUUCGCAGAUCGGAGACGAUGUAUAUUUCGAGAGAGUCCUAUACGAAGGCACUGUUCAGGAUAAUGACGUCCAACACGAAGAAAUCAGAAUAUUUGGCUUCGAUGGAACAUCUGUCGAGUUACAUGGCGAAAACUCGAACUUGUUCAAGGCGGAAGCGACGAACGGGCUGGUAUCGGUGAGACCGGAUGGAUCACUGAACCUCCCCCCUGGCAUCACCCGCGUAGCCCUUGAGCUCCACGUAGGAAGUGCAAGAGCUGUAUUACUGCUCAAUGUCAGGGAAUCAGGUUCGCAGAUCGGAGACGAUGUAUAUUUCGAGAGAGUCCUAUACGAAGGCACUGUUCAGGAUAAUGACGUCCAACACGAAGAAAUCAGAAUAUUUGGCUUCGAUGGAACAUCUGUCGAGUUACAUGGAGAAAACUCGAACUUGUUCAAGGCGGAAGCGACGAACGGGCUGGUUUCGGUGAGACCGGAUGGAUCACUGAACCUCCCCCCUGGCAUCACCCGCGUAGCCCUUGAGCUCCACGUAGGAAGUGCAAGAGCUGUAUUACUGCUCAAUGUCAGGGAAUCAGGUUCGCAGAUCGGAGACGAUGUAUAUUUCGAGAGAGUCCUAUACGAAGGCACUGUUCAGGAUAAUGACGUCCAACACGAAGAAAUCAGAAUAUUUGGCUUCGAUGGAACAUCUGUCGAGUUACAUGGAGAAAACUCGAACUUGUUCAAGGCGGAAGCGACGAACGGGCUGGUUUCGGUGAGACCGGAUGGAUCACUGAACCUCCCCCCUGGCAUCACCCGCGUAGCCCUUGAGCUCCACGUAGGAAGUGCAAGAGCUGUAUUACUGCUCAAUGUCAGGGAAUCAGGUUCGCAGAUCGGAGACGAUGUAUAUUUCGAGAGAGUCCUAUACGAAGGCACUGUUCAGGAUAAUGACGUCCAACACGAAGAAAUCAGAAUAUUUGGCUUCGAUGGAACAUCUGUCGAGUUACAUGGAGAAAACUCGAACUUGUUCAAGGCGGAAGCGACGAACGGGCUGGUAUCGGUGAGACCGGAUGGAUCACUGAACCUCCCCCCUGGCAUCACCCGCGUAGCCCUUGAGCUCCACGUAGGAAGUGCAAGAGCUGUAUUACUGCUCAAUGUCAGGGAAUCAGGUUCGCAGAUCGGAGACGAUGUAUAUUUCGAGAGAGUCCUAUACGAAGGCACUGUUCAGGAUAAUGACGUCCAACACGAAGAAAUCAGAAUAUUUGGCUUCGAUGGAACAUCUGUCGAGUUACAUGGAGAAAACUCGAACUUGUUCAAGGCGGAAGCGACGAACGGGCUGGUUUCGGUGAGACCGGAUGGAUCACUGAACCUCCCCCCUGGCAUCACCCGCGUAGCCCUUGAGCUCCACGUAGGAAGUGCAAGAGCUGUAUUACUGCUCAAUGUCAGGGAAUCAGGUUCGCAGAUCGGAGACGAUGUAUAUUUCGAGAGAGUCCUAUACGAAGGCACUGUUCAGGAUAAUGACGUCCAACACGAAGAAAUCAGAAUAUUUGGCUUCGAUGGAACAUCUGUCGAGUUACAUGGAGAAAACUCGAACUUGUUCAAGGCGGAAGCGACGAACGGGCUGGUAUCGGUGAGACCGGAUGGAUCACUGAACCUCCCCCCUGGCAUCACCCGCGUAGCCCUUGAGCUCCACGUAGGAAGUGCAAGAGCUGUAUUACUGCUCAAUGUCAGGGAAUCAGGUUCGCAGAUCGGAGACGAUGUAUAUUUCGAGAGAGUCCUAUACGAAGGCACUGUUCAGGAUAAUGACGUCCAACACGAAGAAAUCAGAAUAUUUGGCUUCGAUGGAACAUCUGUCGAGUUACAUGGAGAAAACUCGAACUUGUUCAAGGCGGAAGCGACGAACGGGCUGGUUUCGGUGAGACCGGAUGGAUCACUGAACCUCCCCCCUGGCAUCACCCGCGUAGCCCUUGAGCUCCACGUAGGAAGUGCAAGAGCUGUAUUACUGCUCAAUGUCAGGGAAUCAGGUUCGCAGAUCGGAGACGAUGUAUAUUUCGAGAGAGUCCUAUACGAAGGCACUGUUCAGGAUAAUGACGUCCAACACGAAGAAAUCAGAAUAUUUGGCUUCGAUGGAACAUCUGUCGAGUUACAUGGAGAAAACUCGUACUUGUUCAAGGCGGAAGCGACGAACGGGCUGGUAUCGGUGAGACCGGAUGGAUUACUGAACCUCCCCCCUGGCAUCACCCGCGUAGCUCUUGAGCUCCACGUAGGAAGUGCAAGAGCUGUAUUACUGCUCAAUGUCAGGGAAUCAGAAGUUCCUGGACCUUCAGUGGAAUUUUCUUCGGAGUCCUAUGCAGUGUCGAUAUCUUCAACACAGACUGGCCUCGUGGGUCGAGUGUCAGCUACAGCUAGCAAUAAUGAAGCAAUCGCGUACUCUCUUAGAACGGACAAUGCUCAUCUAGUAUCGCGGCUUUCUAUAAACAAUGAGGGCGAACUGCACUUGUCUACUCCGGCUGAUAGUGGUGUUUACACUUUUCAAGUUAUUGCUGCUACUGUUAAUUCAGAAGCAAUGGCCACGGCUACGGUACAUCUUACAGUGCAAGAAACACCAGUGUGCGACGAUCGUGGCAUCGUAGUACCACCGUUAAUUGUAAUAGACAAAGAUGAGGAAGAGGAGCACAGAAAUCUUGUCGUACUUGAUCCUACGCAACACGAAGGCUGCCGAUACACUAUGGCAAGCCGCUGGCCCACACAACAAACAUGGCUCUACGCCGACGAAACUGGAUUACAUGCCAGAGCAAUAGACAGAGAAGAUAAAUCUAUAGCCUUCAUGACCGUUUCACAAGUUCAAGUAGAGCUCAUGUUACAAUGUGACAACGAUCCUGUACGGACAAAACGCUCGAUACGUUCGUACGAUUGGCUUGACCCCUACGAAUACGGUAGCAAUAAAUGGAUUCUCACAGAGUCGAUCCCCUACAACUCCAGACGUACUUUAGUGAAUCUGAUAGUGAACGACAUCAAUGAUAACGCUCCUAUAUUCGUCGGUAAAGAAAACGAACCAAUUGCUGUCGGAUAUCCAAACGGUGAACUUGAAGAAAGAAUAUUACCCCGCUCUUUAGCGGAGUUACAGGCGACUGAUGCAGAUAUAGGCAUAAAUGCAGCAAUAAGGUACUCCAGCUCUGAAAGCGUGCUAGCUGUUGCACCAACUACAGGCUUUGUCCACGUACGAAGUGGUGCCAGUCUCCAGCACGACCAAAUCCUCACUGUGACAGCCACUGACCAGAAUGGAGAAGGACUGUCUGGAAAUAUUCAACUUAUUGUAAAACUAUUGGAUAUAAACCACAUAGCCGUGGUGACUGUUAGAGAUGUGUUCCUAGACGAUGAAAAAACAGUCUUAGCUCAGUUAAGUGAUGCCGUCGGAUAUGAAGUCAAGGUUUUGAGGUCGGUUGUCGUAUCUGAUGACAUAAAUGAAGAUGUCACUAGGCAAAAACGUGAAACUAACCCCAGAACUUCACUACAACUUUUUGUAUAUGGACUUGUCCAACAAGAACCUGUUGUAGUAAGUCAACUAGCCAGCGAUCUAAAUAGUCAAGCCAUCAUCCAAAACAUAGCCACCAUCCCACUGGAAACUCAUCUAGAAAAUGGAAACAUGGCAUUGCAAAGUACAGUUGGCUUGUUAGUAGCCACAAUAGUCCUGGGUGUUCUACUAUUUGCAGCUCUUUGUGUUAUAGCCGUUUGGUUCUUCUUGAGAUGGAGAAAGAACAGAAAUUACAAUCAAUUCUCUGAUGACGCCAGUCUUGCAUCAGCAAGAAAUGCAUCGCUUGGAGAACUGACGAAACCAGAAGAAGUCAGACCACGACUAAACAUUGAAGAACUGAAGAGAAGCGAAAAGAGGUUACAAGAAAGAUUGGCACAGGUUACCCCUAUGGAACAGGUUACAGUAGAACCAAUGCCAAGACAAUUAGAGCCUCCUGCGGUAGCUAUUUUAGAUGUACCAGUGCCUGAACAUAAUACACCAAUAGUGAUACAAUCAAUUGAUAAACUAAAAGAUGCUGACGAUGAGAGUGAUAAUGAUGAAUUUGGAGAAGUUAAAAAAGCACGUAGAAAAUCCGUAGUCACAUUCAAUGAGAAUGUUGAAAAAAUUAUUCAUGUACAAGACGAUGUUGAAGAAAGCGAAGGGGAUGGCAUUUUGACUGUGGAUUCCGGUGAUGCCGGUAGUAGUAGCACCGAUGACAUUACGGUUUACAGAUUGUAAUUUCAAAAUCGGUAAUGUAGAAUAAAUAAUUUGUGAAAAAAACAAAAUCUACUCAUAAAAACAUUCUACUCUAUCAAUCUGACUAAUCUCUAGAAAGGUAAAGACUUCUUCUAAGUAUACUCGACUAUUUAUAAAUAAAUAUUUUUAUAUCAUUUAUUAAUA